GUGCAUACUGGGUACAUACAACAUGUGCUCUGAGUUCACCCAUCUUCUUACUCUAAAUUUAUGCAUGUUGACAUAACUUCCUGAAGUGUAUAAUUUGUAGUAUUAUUGGCCUGUGUGCGUGUAGCGUGUGCAUGUGUCACCGAUGCUGCCCACUGAUGCUGCCGUCAUUGAGUACACGGUGUCGAGUGUGAGCAGAGUUCGUGCAGUCACAGUUCCACGAAACAUCAUCUGUCUGGCUUGCACUGUACAUGUAGUAGUAAGAUUCAUGCUUCAUUUGUGCAAAGGUCUUGUUGGCAAACUGAUGCACACUUGUAGUCCACUGGUGAAGUGAGGAGGAUGGCUAACUGCAAAACACAGAAGUGUAUUCAGCUUACCGAAAGCAGCUCAGUGGACAUGUGCACAGUAUGAACAACUCUUUUGAUGCAAAAGACUGACAGAGUUUGUUUUAUCCGCCAUGGAAGAUCUACCGAUUGAGCGGGGCAUCUGUGCCUCCAGGGUCCGCUCUUACACAGAGGGAGCCAUCCAGCGUACUUGGAAGUCACGACCAGACCGCUUGCCAAGAGCCGGGAAGGGAACAGUGUACAAAUCGGUGUCGUCUGUACAGCUGAUAAAGAACAGCAGCAAUGAGGAAGAUGAGCCGUCACUGACUAGUCCGCUCUGCAAGUCGUGCGAUCAGUUUCAAGGAGGCAUCACCAACAGGCCACUGGGGAAGAAAUUCGUGUCAUCAGUCAACAUUGCGCUCGCUAAGCCCCAGCUGCCCCCAAAAUCAUUGCUUCCCCAUCAUGUCUGCCUAUCCUAUCCUCAAAAAGACUCACAAGACACUGGGUUGUCCACCGUCUUGCCAGUGUUGAAAAUGGGCAAUGGUGACCCUACUUCUGACAUAAAAACAGAAGCCAAGCUGCUCAACGAUUCAUCCAAUUCUGUAGCUGACAGUAAAGAGAAAGAACCUACAGGUUCUCACCAGGAUGAGAAUAAUCUUCCAUGGGAGGCCAGCGAGGAGUUCCCACACAUUCCUGUCCUGGUGAGAAUCAAGCAAUUUGAGAAGCAAACAGGAGCCCUCAACAACCGGAGUUUCUCCCCGCAACGAUGGAAGCGCAAAGGCAGACCAAACUGUAAGAAGUCCUUUGGAAGUGUGCAUAGCAGCCCACCACUGUCAAGACGCAGUUCAGUGGAGGAAAAAGUCAUGGUGCGAAAUUCGAGGAACUCUUCUCCAGCGAUUGUCCACCUGCAGAACGAGGUGGAGAAUCUGAACAAGUUUCAGGAUAGGGCUCAGGAAGAGCCACCUGAUAAUAAGACAUUUAAACCAGUUGCAGCAAUACCUGUGAGCCUUCCCACCAUCAUUGUCACUUCUCCGCAUGUGUCAGGUGAACAGGGAUCCACGACUCAGUCUGCAGGUGUUCAAGUGGACGCUAUUGAUGAGCUGGAAAGUGUAACUGUGCAAUGUAAUGUAUCUGAAGAAGCACAUUCUGUGGACAAGCCAGUCAUCAACAUAGCCGAGUCUGUUGAUAGUCUUCCAGAAAACGACCAAAGUGGUCCAUCAAGUACCAUCUGCCAGGAGACUGAGGUUGGGCAAGAAAGGACUCACUGUGACACUCAGGGAGACAUGUGCCAAAGUGAGCACUGUCAGGAAAGGAGAGUGAAUGAAUCAACUGAAGUCCUGUUAGAUUCUGAAAAAGUUUCCUCUCAGCCAAUUUGUGUAAGUGCUCGCUGCAACAAGACAGAGUAUGUUUGUGAUACCACUGCCAGUUCUCAUGUCGAAGACAUUGACUCUGCCGUAUCUGACAAAGACACUAAUGAGUGUGCAGUUUCCAAAUGUGACACAUCCGAGUUAGACUUAACCAGAAAUGGCCAGUCCUGUGAUUGCACUGCCACCGAUACAGAUAGUAGAGACCACCCUGAGAGUGUGCCUCAUGUUGAUACCUUUGCCUUGGAUCCUGUGAGUGAAAUUGGGAGAAACCUGGAGGAUGAUUCAACCGAAAGGAAAAUACAUCUGGCUAGUGUUGAAGCAACAAGCGCUUCUGAAGAACCUUCAGGGAAGCACUUGAAUGAUUCAUCCAGUGACUGUCAGCCUUUUCAACACUUACCCAUCCCAUGUGGUAGCACGGGAUUCCCAGAAGACCUGAGCCCGGAGCUUCAGAUCCUGUCGCCUGAGGAAGAGGUCCCAGAUGAUAUCCAGUGCAAUAUAUCGAACCCUCUACUACAGUGUGUGACUGCCCCAACCAACCGCUGCCAAUCAGAUGAAGGGCUACAGGAGCUCCACCGAAUUCAGCCACUGAUAGAUGAGAUAUUCAAGGUGGGAAAUGUCAUGGACACUGAUAUCUACAGCCAGCGCUGCAGCCAGCAGCUUGGAGAAUGUGGAUCCGAGUCCGAAGUAUUAGAGAUUGCUGUAGCAAGGGAUGGCUUGGCUCCCAGACGGCUUUCGGGAGAUAGCAGUCCCUGCCUGAGUGACUGCUACAGCAGUAGUGCCAGUGAUGAGGAGUCAUUAAUGUCCGAUGGAAUGACACCACUCGACUUCAGUAACAGUGCCAACAGUGAUUGCAGCAUCCGUAUCAGCCAAGAAGUCUCCAGGACGGAGGGCACAGACCUUCUGGUUUGCCAGGAAUCUACAUGUACUUCUCAAACGGAGGAGCCCUCUGACACCGAUUCUGGAGAAGAUACAGACGAUUCCCUGGCCUUAAUGAGCGAGAGCGAGUCGUCUGAUUCCCUUGAUUGUACAAGAGAAGUGCUGGCUUCCAAUCAGAUACCUGAUCUGUCUUCAUCCUUGGGGGCAUGUGGGGGAGUACUGCCCUUGGGUAAAUCAGAGAGUGCCACCCAGUUGAGUGCAGACAGAAUCACCUUCUCUAGGCACUUGUCUGCAUUGACGGAAGGCCAGCAUGGCAGAGACUCCAGUUCAUCCUUUGAUAGUCAGCUCAAUGCUGAUCAGAAAUUGUUCCUCUCCAAGGUUAACCAUCUCAUGGACUUGGUACAAAACCUGCACCACCCAUCCCCUGUCCGGAUGUCAGUGCCUUCUUCGAAUGUAGACAAAUGCAUGGCAGUUGCACAGAGAGAGGGGCAGAGUUUGCCCAGUGACAUGAAAGCAGUGUCAGCUCCUCCAACACAGAAGGACAGUGAACUACCCACAGCGUCAAGGAACCAACCUGUUGUGGAACUGAAGGUGACUGGCAAAUGCGAUUUCAAGCCCCGCAGACACACUGGGCGUAAGAAGUACAUCGACCCAGACAAGGUCAGCCACUUUCAAUACCUCAUCCUUCAGUCGCCCCUGGUCCUGUCAGACCCCGAGGACAGUGACAGUGACGAGAGCGACGUGGAGCUGAAUGAGUUUGGUGAAGUGAAGCAGGACUAUCCCCUGGGCCGGCUGCCUGACUACAUUGUGGCCCAGAUUUUCAGGAACCUGGGCACCCGGGACCUGGCCGCCCUCAAGUGCGCCUGCAAGGACUUCAAGUGGCUGAUUGAGAGGUUUGACAUCAAGGGCCUGGACUCCAGGUGGUCAGAGGAGCUGCUGUACCGAGAGGAUCCCUGCAUGCAGUGUGGCAAGAUCCGUGACCCCCGGGGCGACGUCUCGCUCUGCCGCUGGCACCCCAAGAUCUACUACAAGAACGGAGAGAUCGGGCGGCGCUACUGGACCUGCUGCUUCUCUGGGGAAGAGGACGCUCCAGGCUGCGAUAUUACCGUCCAUGACAACAGGUGGUCAGGGUCACACUCCCGAUUGUGCAAAGUUGCCCGAUCCUGGAGGCAGUAUUGGAGGAGUUACCCCAUGGAUAACUGAAUGCCUACUGAGAAGAAAUCAGCCUGUUGGUUUGAAAGCAUUAGGGCCAGUUGAAAAAGUAAAUCAGUUUCUCGUCCCACCAGCUGCUUCAUGUCACGCUUUUUGGCUUCCUUUUGCCAUGCAUUUUGAUUUUUUGGUUUAUGAUGAAUUUCAUGUUUGUGCAUUGUACAAUAGCUACAAUUGCAAAUUAGUAACUUGUUAAGAUAUGAUAAAAGGACAGAAAGCCCCCAAAUGGCUAUUUGGAUCAGUAAAAGAGUCAUCUUGGAAAAAUCUGCCACCCUGAUAAAAAAAACCGCUAGCUCCCUUUAAAAAACUGCUGGACGAGAAGCUCUUUUGUUUAACUUGGCCAAAUCUCUUCGUGGGUGCACCAUGGAAAGGUUUAAUAUUCACAUUACCCGUAAUAAUAAACCCAAAACCACUGGCAGUUUUCAACUGGAACGAGAAAAAGAAAAUAUGAGAGGGAAAAAAUGUUUUCUUAUUAAAAAGAUCUCGUCUUCAAAUUUUUCUCCAGGCAAAUCACAAUUUUUGUGAAAAUUUUGGUUAAACUUCAUUUUGCAGUUGAAAAGAUACAAAAUUUGGAAGUGAUAAACGAACCAGUUAUAUGCAUGUACAUGUAUACCUGUAACAUCAACUGUACAUAGUGCCACGGCACAUAGGAAGUUUAUGCUUACCAUCACCUCUUCAACUAGAAAAACUUCACACAGUUUCAACUUCAGGAUGUGUCUUCAGGCAACUGUUUACAGGAAGUAUAGUUUACAGGAAGUUAUAGGAAGUAUAAAUCUCUUCUGUAAACUUGAUUCAUUUCAUAAAAAGCCAUAAAAAGGAGUCUUCCAAUAAGCUUUUUGCAAAUUAUAUUUAUUAUGAUUAUUUUGCGAACAAAAUCUAAAUCUAGUACACUGACUUACAUGUAUCUGAGUGCAUAUAAACAAAAUUUAAUUCUCCAGACUAAAGACAUUAUCGCUAUACCUCGUGA